AUGUACAAGAGGGGCUCAAGAGGCUUCACAUACAUUUCUUGCACUAAAGACAAAGUACACAGGGCUGUGUCUGAAGUCCCAGACACAGCUGUGUUUGUCAGAAGGGAGGAAGAACGAUGUGAGCGCAUUCUGGAUGAGGCUGCCUGUAUUCUAGCUAAAGCUACUGAUUCUGAUGGCUUUGCCUUAUAUCUCCCCAAGCAUAAUGAAACGGAGCUUGAACACUACUAUAAUGGCACAAAGAAGCCGUAUGGACCAAUAGGCAAAGGCAUGACUGUUGCAGCUUUUGCAGCAAUGGAGAAGACUACCCAGCUGGUUGAAAACCUACCUCAGGACACAAGGUUCCCUAAAGGUGUUGGUCGUGGAGCGACAAGUGUACACAGUGUACUGAGUGUGCCCCUAGUCAUGCCUACAAAUGAUCUCUUAGGUGUGGUUGAGCUGACCAAAGAGGGUAUGAAGGAUUCGUUUACUGAUGAAGAUUUUCAGCUGGCUAAUGCCAUGUUAAGCUGGUUGGUGUCGUCUCUACACCAGUGUAAGAUGAACAGGGUAUUGAUGACUCAAUCCAAGUUGAAUGACUUCCUGCUGGACACAACCAAGGUCCUGUUUGAUGAAAUGAUCAGCAUAGACACACUGGUACAGAAUAUUAUGUACCACACCAAGGAUCUGGUGCAAGCAGACCGAUCAGCUCUGUUUCUUGUUGACGAGGAGAAGAAAGAGCUGUUUGCUGAUUACUUUGAUGAGGGUGUAAUGGAGGAUGGCAAGCCGGUCUUCACCAAGAAAUGUCAGAUAAGAUUCCCAAGUGACAAGGGUAUUGCAGGACAUGCCAUGAAAACAGGAGAGGCACUCAACAUCCCUGAUGCCUAUGAAGAUCCCAGGUUUAACAGGGAUGUGGACAAGCAGACUGGCUACACCACCAAGAACAUCCUGUGUAUGCCCAUUGUCAGCAAGGGGCGGGUAAUCGGGGUGGUACAGAUGGUCAACUGUCUCAACAAUGACCACUUCACUAAAGCAGACGAGGAGGCCUUCAAAAUGUUUGCUGUGUACUGUGCUUUGGCCCUGCACUAUUCUAAGCUGUUCAGCCUGCUAAAGCAGCAGCAGGACCAGUACAAGGUGGCCAUGGAUGUACUGGAGUAUCAUUUCGUGGCUCAUGAAGAGGAAGUGGUCGAGCUGACUGCCAAUCCUUUCCCAACAUCUAAUGAGGUUCCACCUGUCUUGAGCAAAUAUGAGUUUUAUGCUGGUCAUUUUGAGAAACAGUUGCCGAAAUUGUUUAUGCACAUGAUUGAUGAUCUAUUUGGACGAAGUAUGUUUGAUCAGGAGAAGCUGUGUCGGUUUAUUCUGACUGUUCGCAAGAAUUACCGUCCAGUUCUCUACCACAACUGGAAGCAUGGCUUCGAGGUAGCCCAGGCCCUGUACUGUAUGGUCAAAACCAACCCAGGCAUCUUCUCCAUCAAAGAGCAAAUGGGUCUGGUGAUAGCAGGUGUGUGUCAUGAUGUGGAUCACCGUGGUUACAGCAAUGCAUUCUUCACCAAGCUGCAGCUGCCCAUGGCUGCCCUAUACACCACCUCCGUCAUGGAGCAGCAUCACUACAAGCAGACAGUCAUGAUCCUACAGAGUGUAGGGCACGACAUCUUCUCCUUCAUGACAGCUGAUGAGUUUAAGGAGAUGCUGGAAAUGAUUCGCCAGGCCAUCAUUGCUACCGACCUUGCCCUCUACUUUCUGAACCAGAAAACUCUUGCAGCACUCAUCAAGGAGAAUAAGUUUGACAUCAACAACACCAAGAUGAGAGACCAAUGUAAAUCCCUGAUGAUGACGGCGGCGGAUUGUGCCGUCUCCAAACCUUGGGAGACACAGCAGCAGACCGUCGAGUGUAUCUAUGAGGAAUUCUAUGUGCAGGGAGAUGAAGAAAAGAAAUGUGGCUUCCAGCCUAUUCCUAUGAUGGACAGAAAUCUCAAGGAUGAAAUACCAAAGCAACAGGUUGGCUUCAUCGGGUUCAUCUGUUUACCUCUGUACAACACACUCAGCCAGAUUCUCCCCGGAACACGGCCUCUGUUGGAUGGCACCAACUCCAACAACACCAGCUGGAAGGCAUUGGUUGCGGAACAAGAGAAACAGACACAGGAAGCAAAAGAGGAGGAAGACACUCAAUAAGACUACACAGGAACAAUACCUCAGCAUCUUCCUCAACAUCAAUAAUGUUCAACCUCAUGAAAUCUUGAUGUACACUACCCAAAAUAAGUUAACAAACAACUAAUUUUUAAUAUAGAUAAUCUGUUGGGACUAUUGGUACACAGAGCCUUCCAAAUGUAGAUGUUUCACCUGUUUCGAGUAGUACAUUAUGUUAGUACAUAGUACUAUGUUAUUAUAUCAUUCAAGCUGUUGUCUGUGAUAUUACCUGCAAUAUUACCUGAUUAGUGUCACUGUAUUUCUAUUUAUUUCAUUUCAGAUCUUGAGGGUGAUUACUGUUAUAAUUUUCUGUUCAUGAUUUGUAUAAUGGUUUAAUUUCUGGUACCCAUUUUUAAGUCAGUUUGAUGUUUUCUAUGUACAUCCAAAUUAUCAAAUUGUUGUUUCAUUUCUCUGAAUGGCAGACUGUGAUACACUGAUGUUCCUUGUUGUAGUAUCACUAUUGAUACCUUAUGUGAAAUUUUAGAAAAGCAUGAAGUGAAUAAACUAUGUCUAAUCAUCAACAUUUUAGAAGGAUAAUGCAUGUUGUACAUGCCAAACCAUAGAUUUGUUUAAUAGUGUUAUGGACACUAUGAUUAAACAGUUGCUAGAUUGUCUUUGCAAUUUCAAAUGUUAAAUGGCCCUGUUUCACAAAGCAACCUUAGCUUAAAGACAAUCUUAACUCCCAUACCUAAUACUGACUCAGAACAAUCAUAGGGCUAAGAUCUCUUUGAGGUGUGGGGCCUAGUUUUUUACUCCAUACUGAGAGUCCACCAUCUGUUAAGUACGGUGCUACAAUUCUGUAAUGAUUAACCUGUUAAGUAAUAUCAUCGUUGAUUAGUUCAGUUCAACAAAAAUCAACAUAUUCAGUUGUGACCCUUGUUUUUCAUUUAUCUGGUCACUUGUUAAUAAAUCUUCUAUGCUGAUGA